CAAAGCCAGGUUCACAUCUUUCUCCAUGCAAACUUUGUUUUCAAAUAUUCACCUCCAAAACAUUCCUUUUAAUUAACUCUUUAUUUCCUCUCCGGCAAAUCAACAAUGUCUAGCAGGAGAUCUCGUUCCCGACAAGCCGGAGUGUCGACGAUCAACGACGCCCAGAUGGCGGAACUCAUUGCCAAGUUACAGCAACUUAUUCCCCAUGACAUUAAUCAAAGCAAGAGUUCCAAGGUUUCAGCUUCAAAGGUAUUGCAGGAGACAUGCAAUUACAUUAGAAGCUUGCACAGGGAAGUUGAUGACUUAAGUGAAAAAUUAUCAGAGCUUUUGAACUCCACAGACGCCGACAGCGCUCAAGCAGCCAUCAUUAGGAGCUUAUUUAUGUGACUAUAUAUAUACACAUUGCAUCCAGUAAUUAACUAUAUAUUGAAGCUAAUUAGCUUUUAAAUAUGCAUUAGUUAAUAAUUAAUCAGUUGAUAUGCAUUUCCUUCUAGGGAUCUUAAUAUGUAUUAAGUUUAUGAUCAUAUCAUAUAUAUAUAUAGAUAUAUAUUUAGGAUUUUAUUCUCGAUCAAGAGUUUUUCUUUUCGCCAUGUAUGUAACGAGUUUCCAUCGUUUGGAUAUAUAAUAUAUAUAUGAGUAUGUUGAGAUAA